UGGCGUAGGAUUCCCAACAGAUUACACGUGCUGCCAUUUUUUUUUUUUUUUUUUUGUAAAUCUUUACUUCCAUGCAUGGAUUUCUCAUCCAAAUAUAGUCUCUAUCUAUGUAUAGAGUUUGAGAGAGAAAGACUCUUCAAGUUCCAACUUUUAGUUCAUCGCCAUCAUUAAAAUUUGCAGUUUUUCCUCCAAAUUUGAACUACCCACAAGCUAGUUUCAGUAAUACUGAAUCAAGAACACAAUCAGAUCUCAAUAAUUCAUCGAAAUCGAGAUGGGUUCUUCUUCUAUUCACUAAUCGAUCAACCAUUCAACAGAAUCUCAGGUCUGAUCUGAUCUCUUUCUCUUUUUACAUCUUUGAUCAAUGGAAGAAGAAAACAAUCAAUUUACACAACAGAUUAAACAUGUCUGCAAGCUCUGUAACAAGAGUUUCCUCUGUGGAAGAUCAUUAGGAGGUCAUAUGAGGUCUCAUGAUAAAAAACCAUCUUCUUUCGAAUUCGAUUCUCAUAAUCCUACAUCUGGUUAUGGAUAUGGUCUUAGAGAGAAUCCCAAAAAAACAAACAAGUUUAAUUCAGAUAUCUCAUUUGAUGAUGAUUCUUCUUCUGUUGAAGAUAAAUUCUGUAAACAAUGUGGAAAAGGUUUCUUUUCUUGGAAGGCUUUGUUUGGUCAUAUGAAGUGUCAUUCUGAUUACAAACGGAAGAGAUCAAGAACAUCUUCUUCUCUGAAUUCCGAGAUUGAUCAAGAACAAGAUCAAGAACAUGAUCAAGAAGAAGAGGUUGCUAUGUGUUUGAUGAUGUUGUCUAGAGAUGGAUCAGGGGAUGUUGAAUCUUCUGAUAACAAUUAUGAGUUUCUUCUUCAAGUUCAGAAAACAGAGAUGAAAGAAUUUGAGUGUUCUACUUGUAACAAGACUUUUCAUUCAUAUCAAGCUCUUGGAGGUCAUAGAGCUAGUCAUAAGAAGAUUAGAACUUGUUUUAAUGAUCAAGAAUUGGUUCAAAUUGCUGAAUCUUCAUCGAUAUCUUCAUCAAAUGGGUUGUUAAAGAAGAUCAAUCAUAGGAUACAUCAGUGUCCUGUUUGUUUUAAAGUUUUUCAAACAGGACAGGCAUUGGGUGGUCAUAAGAGGUCACAUUUGAUGGAAGCUUCUAAGAAUAAAAAUGGAGGCGGAGUGGUGCUGGAUAGGCCGCCGGCGACGGCUGCGGCUGCUGAUGGUGUAUUUCCUGAUCUGAAUUUGCCGGCGCCGGUUGAAGAAGAAGAUAGCUACCAGCAACAACCAUGGUGGGUUUUGGUUUGAUUUUUCUCUUUUUG